CGAAAAGAGGGAGGGUGAAGGCUCAGGUCAGUGAGCCGCAGAGCAGCUGUUACUGUCUCAGCCGUAGCUGCUCUGACCCUCCAGUGGGGAAGAGAUGGCUGAAAUCAGUGACCUUGACUGUCAGAUUGAACAACUGCAGCGCUGUGAACUCAUCAAGGAGAGUGAAGUCAAAGCCCUCUGUGAAAAGGCCAGAGAGAUCUUGGUGGAAGAAAGUAAUGUCCAGAGAGUAGAUUCCGCAGUAACAGUUUGUGGGGAUAUCCAUGGCCAGUUCUAUGACCUUAAAGAGCUAUUCAGGGUGGGUGGUGAUGUACCUGAGACCAACUAUCUUCUCAUGGGAGACUUUGUUGACCGAGGCUUCUACAGUGUUGAAACAUUCUUGCUGCUGCUGGCACUCAAAGUCCGUUACCCGGACAGAAUCACCCUUAUCCGUGGCAAUCAUGAAAGCAGGCAAAUCACCCAGGUAUAUGGGUUUUAUGAUGAGUGCUUGAGAAAAUAUGGCUCUGUCACUGUGUGGCGCUACUGCACUGAGAUUUUUGACUACCUCAGCCUCUCUGCCAUUAUUGAUGGCAAGAUUUUCUGUGUCCACGGUGGCUUAUCCCCGUCCAUCCAGACGCUGGACCAGAUCCGAACAAUAGAUCGCAAACAAGAGGUCCCUCAUGAUGGCCCCAUGUGUGAUCUUCUUUGGUCUGACCCUGAAGACACUACAGGCUGGGGGGUUAGUCCUCGAGGUGCUGGCUAUUUAUUUGGCAGCGACGUGGUGGCGCAGUUCAAUGCAGCAAAUGAUAUCAACAUGAUUUGCCGGGCACAUCAGCUGGUCAUGGAGGGAUACAAAUGGCAUUUCAGUGAGACAGUUCUUACAGUGUGGUCAGCCCCCAACUAUUGCUACCGCUGUGGGAAUGUUGCAGCCAUCUUGGAACUGGAUGAACACCUUCAGAAGGAAUUUAUCAUCUUUGAAGCAGCCCCUCAAGAAACUCGAGGCAUCCCAUCUAAGAAGCCUGUUGCGGACUACUUCCUGUGAUUGCUGCUCCUCCCUCUUCCCCCUUGUGCAGCUUCUCUUUCAGCCUUUGGCAGGGGUUCACCUCUCUAUUUUCCUUCUCUUCCUUACCCUGGCCCUUGCCCAAUAAAUUCCCAGUUCUGGACCCCUUAGACUGAAUUAGGCUUCUUUUCCCAACAUUGCUGAUAAUUGGUAUAUCCCCCCCACCCCCCCCCAUCAUUUUUUAGGAUUUCUGCCUGUGGAAAACCCUGGAACUUUGUCAGCUCUUUCCAUAAAAAGAAGUAUCAGCCCAGGAACAAAGAAAAGUAGUUCUUUAAAAAUCUGUAGAUAAGUCACUGACUGAUUUCUUGAGCAACUCUUGGGGUUUUUUAUUCAUGAAGCAGCAUUGUCCAAGCAGGUACCCUCCAAAUGUAUUGGCCUAAAGCUCCUAUCUUCCUAACCAACUUGUCCAUUCUGAAUUAGAUGAUGGGAACUGUAGCAUAAUCAAAUCUGGAGGACACUUAAGUUAGAGAAGGCUGCUCUAGAACAACUGGAAGUUAUUGCUUAGAGAAUAUAUACAU